AUGUGGAUCUUUAACGGCAACGUAAAUGAACUUGGAGACGCUGGCGAGGGCCCCGGGAAGAGUUAUCUUUUCUCCUUAACAGUCUACCACCCUGAAAUCGAUUUGUUCGGAGCUAGGGUUCAAUGGCUGGUAGAGCCCGACACCUCUGUCGGGUCCGGUCUCCAAGGUGAACAGCCUCUAGUUGAUAGAACAAUGUAG